AAUAAAAAUUGCAUUUUUCUAACUUGGGUUAAAAAAAUAUAGAAGGAGACAUCGUCUUCUAGCUUUGAUUAUGUCCGUAAAUCUAUAAUUCUCGGAGGAUUCGAUUCGAUUCGAUAGAUGAAAGGUUCUGGAGUUUUGGCGGCGGCGGCGGCGAGGGUUGGACCGGGGUUGAGGAAGCAAGUAUUGAGCUUGACGGACGAAGCUGCUUCUAGGGUUCAUCAUCUCUUGCAGCAGCGUCAAAAGCCUUUCUUACGAUUAGGAGUAAAGGCUCGUGGAUGUAACGGCUUGUCUUAUACCCUUAAUUACGCUGAUGAGAAAGGGAAAUUUGAUGAGCUGGUAGAGGAGAAAGGUGUGAGGAUACUUGUAGAACCAAAGGCCUUAAUGCAUGUGAUUGGAACCAAGAUGGAUUUUGUAGAUGAUAAACUCAGAUCAGAGUUUGUAUUCAUCAAUCCUAACUCGCAAGGGCAAUGCGGGUGUGGUGAGUCGUUUAUGACAACAUCUACCUCUAGUGGUAAGCAGAGUGCUGGUUAGCACUCAGUGAUACAUUGCAAUGUGUUGUUGAAGAGUCUUCAGUGAAGACAUAGACGGGCUUUGAUUGGUCUAGUCCGUUUGAAAGUGUAUACAACAUUCUUGUUUUUGGUUUUAUUAUAGGUUUACACAUCUGACUGGUUUCGACUAAAACCAAAACCAGAAUUGUAUUUCAAAACGAGGACUCAGAAAGUCAGAAUCAGGUUGUAUCAAAAUAAAGAGUGUUUAGUUUGGACAAACUUAUAUGAUCUAAACCUAAUCCAUCAAAUGAUUUCAGAAAUGUAACUACAUAUAUAUAUCAA